AUGCUUGUCAUAUCACACGACAGGGCAACGUCGAUCUUCACCGUCGAUGAGAUAGCCGGCGUAGGAUCUCAAUCCAGAUUCAGAGUCCACCUCCAGCAAAGACGGUGUGACUGCGGCUACUUCCAAGCAUUGCACUAUCCAUGUGCCCACGCGCUUGCAGCAUGUGCCCAUGCCAGGCUUGACUGGCAGACUUAUGUCGACAAUGUCUAUCGGGUGAAAAAUGUGUUUCGGGUAUAUCAGAUGGAGUUUCCCACAUUGCCUGAUGAGGAAGUGUGGCCACCCCACGAAGGACAACUUCUCUGUCCCAAUCCCCACCUGAGACGAUCGAUAGAUGGCCGACCUGUGUCGACAAGAAUUCGAAACGAGAUGGACGACGUAGACCCUGGACCGGGAAAGCGAUGUGGAAUUUGCAGGCAACUAGGGCAUACUAGGAAACAUUGUCCUCAUGUCACUGGCACUUAG